GUUUCCAAUGAAAUGAAAUUCUCUGCCAAAAUAUAAAAUAAAAUUAAAUUUUUUUUAAAAAAAAUGGGUGAAGCAGAUUCUAUAGCAUCACUACUUCCUUUUGACAGACACGUUGAACAGGUCCCUUCCUCUUCUCUUUUCGGCUAUUUCCAUUGCCUUUCAAUCUUUAACUGUUGUGUUUAUGUUUCAGGCAAUUUUGGCAAUGAAGAAGGGCGCACAUCUUCUCAAGUGUUGUAGAAGGGGGAAGCCUAAACUUUGUCCUUUUAGGCUUUCUACGGAUGAGAAAUAUCUGAUUUGGUAUUCAGGACAAGAGGAAAGGCAAUUGAGAUUGAGCUCUGUUAUGAAGAUUGUGACUGGGCAGAAGACCGCAAAUUUUCAAAGGCACCACCAACCAGAGAAGGAGCAGCAGUCAAUUUCACUUAUUUACGCUAAUGGUGAACGCUCACUAAAUUUGAUAUGCAAGGACAAAGAACAGGCUGAUUCUUGGUUUGUGGGCUUGAGAGCUGUGAUAUCCAGAUGUAACAACGGCCGAUCAAUCACUGCUUUGAGGAGCUGUAGGGGGGCACAAAGUUGUAUCAGUAGUCCUGCUGGUUUUAUUCGAAGAAAGCACAAUCUAGGACUUUUGGAGAAUAAGAGUCAAUUUUCUCAGGUACGGAGCUUAUGCGGCAGUCCUUCUCUGUCACUUUCAGAGAGGUGUUUUUCUGAUGGCUUAUCAUAUUCUUCUGAUAGCUUUUAUUCCUCGGAAUCAAACUUGUCACAGAUGCAAAAUGUAACGGAUAACUUAAUGCCAACUUCUCCAUAUAUUGAGCCAGAUAGUCGCAAGCGGUGGGGAAUCAAUUAUGCAGCUCCAGAAUUUCAAAAGAAUACAUCUCACAGGUUUGCUACACCUACUCAUUGCUCUACGCAAAUAGAGAAGAAUGAAAUUCUAAAGGAUGUCAUGAUCUGGGGUGAAGGGGUAGCAGAAGGAAAUAUUUGUGGUGCCCCUGGUAGCUCUGGGAUUCACAAUGGGUUGAAAACAGAUGCUGUGUUGCCUAAAUUGCUUGAAUCUGCAACAAUGUUGGAUGUGCAGCGCAUAUCUCUGGGAGCAAGACAUGCUGCUCUAGUUACGAAACAGGGUGAAGUCUUUUGCUGGGGUGAUGGAGAUGGUGGAAGGCUCGGUCACAAGAUUAACAUUGAUAUCAGCUAUCCAAAGCUAGUUGAAUCCCUCAAUGGCAUUGCUGUACAAGCUGUUGCUUGUGGUGAGUAUCAAACAUGUGCCUUGACACAAUCUGGUGAACUGUAUUGUUUGGGUGGUGAUUUUCAUGGCACUGAUUUAGUUGCUGACGUGAGAAAUACAAGCCGAUGGUUGCCACAUAAAAUUUCUGGUCCCCUGGAUGGUAUAAAUGUGCUUAGUGUUUCUUGUGGAGAGUGGCAUACGGCAAUUGUUUCCACUGCUGGGCAAUUAUUUACAUACGGUGAUGGAACUUUUGGAGUUCUUGGGCAUGGGAAUACACAAAGAUUGUUGCAACCAAAAGAAGUUGAGUCUCUUAAGGGUUUGUGGGUAAAAUCCGUUUCUUGUGGACCGUGGCACACGGCUGCUAUUGCAGAAAUCAUGACUGAUCGUAACAAGCUCAGCGCUAAUGGUGGAAAAUUAUUCACAUGGGGAGAUGGUGAUAAAGGUAGGCUAGGGCAUGCGGAUGGAGAGAGAAAGCUUUUACCAACAUGUGUUGUGCAGGUAGUGGAUUUUGAUUUUGUACAAGUUUCUUGUGGAAGAAUGCUGACAGCUGCACUCACUAGUUCAGGUACAAUUUAUACAAUGGGAAGUGCGAUGUAUGGACAGUUAGGGAAUCCACAAGCCAAGGAUAAAUCCAUCACUGUUGUAGAAGGGAAGCUAAAACAAGAAUUUGUUAAGGAGAUCUCUUCAGGUUCAUAUCAUGUUGCUGUCUUGACAUUAGGAGGACGCAUCUAUACAUGGGGGAGGGGUACUAAUGGACAGUUAGGAUUAGGUGAUACUGAAGAUAGAAACACACCAACUUUAGUUGAGUUGUUGAGAGACCGGCAUGUUGAAAGUAUAGCUUGUGAGUCAAGCUUAACAGCAGCAAUCUGUUUACACAAACCUAUCACUAUUAACGAUCAGUCAGCUUGUAGAGGAUGCAAAAUGUCAUUUGGGUUUGCCAGGAAGAAGCAUAACUGUUACAAUUGUGGUCUUCUGUUCUGUCAUGCAUGUAGUAGCAAGAAGGUCGUAAAUGCAUCAUUAGCACCAAAUAAAAGCAAGCCUUCUCGUGUUUGUAAUCCAUGCUUUAAUCGUCUACAAAAGAUCCCAAAUUCAAGCAAGCUUUUAAAGCAUGAGAACGAAACGACAAGGCAACCAUUGACUCCUCAGAGAACUUUUCAUGAUGAGGCAGAUGCUAAGGAAGUGAUCCUUUCAAAGAGCCGAUUGUUUUCACUUAAGCAUUCAACUUAUGAAGAAAACCGAGAUUCUGAGAGGAAGACCUCAAAGACCCAAAGCAAAAAGCAACAAUAUCUUGAACCUGUCUCUUAUUUUUCGGCUGCUACUCCACGAUGGGGCCAAGUGUCUUGCCCGGUUCUCUUUGAAGCACCUCAGUGUAAAAAUUCUGCAGCUAGUUCUCCUCUUUCUAGAAAUCUGUCUCCUUUAGUUGACCCAGAUUCCUUGCAAAAGACAUCUUUGCAAUCAAAAUCUACUGUUCUCCAGUCCAUAAUUGUGGAGAAAGAUUUACCUGAAUCAAAUAAGAUGCUUAAUGAAGAAGUUCAAAGGCUGAAAGCUGAGGCAAGAAACCUUCAAAUGCAAUGCCAAAUUGGAAGCCAAAAGAUUCAAGAAUGUCAGCAAAAAAUUGAGCAUACUUGGUCUCUGGCCAAGGAAGAAGCUGAAAAAUGUAAAGCGGCAAAGGACUUUAUAAAAGUUUUGGCAUUAAGGCUUCAUUCAAUGUCAGAGAAAUUUUCUGCUGCAAGAGAACAGAAAUCUAAAUUUGAUGUUCAUUUGCCUAGAAUGGUGCCUCUAAGCACAGAUAGCUCUAAUCUUGAGGAUGCGCAUCCUAUGUUAAUUGCGGCACAUUUACCCCAGGAAGUUAAAUUACCAACAGACAGACAAGUUGACAGUCUCUGUGGAACUCCUAUUGUUUUCUCUAAUAAAUUGAAAUCCCUGCAAGCAAGAUCAGACAGAAUUGAAGACAAGGAUAGAGCAUUGCAGGACUCACAUGUCACACAAAUGGAAUCGGAGCAAAGUCGAAGUACAGAUUUGAAAGUUGAAUGGGUCGAACAAUAUGAACCUGGGGUGUAUGUUACCUUCACAAUUUUGGCAAGCGGGCAGAAGGGGCUCAAGCGAGUGAGGUUUAGUCGGAAGCGAUUCACAGAGAAGGGAGCAGAGCAAUGGUGGGAGGAUAAUCAGCUUUCGGUUUACCAAAAAUAUGGAAUUGAAGGAUACUUUAACUCAAACCAAAAUCAGUGAAAGAUCAGUGAACUAAUUGUACCUAGCUAGCUAAGCAUGUACAAAUAGUAAAGAGUUGGUGCUUGUAAAAGCGCAUGUUCACUACUUUGACAGAGGUUUCACCAGCUUGAACGACCAUAAAUAGGAUGGACAGUCACUGUCAACCUACAAGUUUUGAGGAAGUAGCCACUGUAAAUGAAAUUUCCUUUGUAUUUAAUUAAGCAGCAAAAGGGUUCAGAUAGGGGAUGUUUCCCAUGUACAGUUACCAUGAGUUUGCUUGUUUUUGUUUUUGUUUUGUUUGUAAAAUUAGGUUCAUGUCAUGUGGUACAUGCAUUUUUAUUAUAUUGGCAAUGGAUUGGAUGGUGGGGCA